AUGAACACUAGAGGCUUCAAAAUCUGCUUAUUCGUCUCGUUCAUUUUCGUGAUCAUUAUUGUCGCCGUUAUUCUGGCAUUAGUUUUUACAAUCUUUAAACCUAAGAACCCAGUUGUUCAUGUCUACCCACUCGGACUAAAAGAUCUUCAAUUUUUCCAACCUAAUGUAACAAGUGUACCAUUAGGCAUGCUAAUCACAGUAUUAAACCCAAAUUAUGGGAGCUACAAGUUCAAAAAUACCACUGGUUAUCUUAAUUAUAAAGACAUUGUUGUAGCCAAAGCUCCCAUAGGAUCAAGAGUUCUACAUGCUCGUAGGACAACUAAUGUUAGUGCUAUUGCUGGUCUCAUGAGUGGAAAAUUAAUAGCUGAUGAAGGUUUUUUGUCAGAUAUUGAAGAUGGAUCUUUCAAUUUUACAGCUAAGGCAACACUUUAUGGAAAAGUGCAUUUGAUUAAUGUUGUUAAGGUGAAGGCCACGGUUAAUAUUUCUUGUGAUAUAUUUUUUAAUUUAACUUCCUUGUAUACUGAUUCAUACUGCAUAACCAAAAUCAUGCUUUGA